UAUUUUAAACUUCCAAGGUGUUGUGUGUUCAUCUAGGUUAUGCUAUGUUUUGUUUUCAUUUUCACUACGCGAAAACUAAAUAUGUUUAAUUGAUUUACAAAUAAUUAACAGUAGCUUAAAUUCCUACAAAAUCACAGGAUAUUUUAUUUAUUUAAUAUAUAUUUAAGUGUUUUACAUGCUUUUAUUUUUGUAUGCAUAAGAAAUAUUUGAAAAUCGUCACAAAACUAAAAGCGUCGUUAAAUUUCAAAAUUAACCUCAAUAUUUUAAACUACAAAAGUGUAUGCAGAAACAAAUUGUACAAACAAAUUUGAAAAAUCAAGCACACUCUGAUUAAAAAUAACAAUUAACAAUAAUUAAUUGACAAUCGAAAUGGAUACGAACAUGGGCAGCAGCAUUUUUCAAACUGGUGGUGUUAACAUAGACAAUGCAGCACAAAAUUUAGAAGAAGAAGAAGAACUUGAGGAAAUCAAAAGAAGACAGGAAGAAAUACAAUCUUUACUUACUAAAGCAAUGGAUGAUUUCAACUAUGAUGACCAAAGUACAGUCAACUCUUCUGUUAAUGAAUCUGUACAUGAAUAUGCACAGCAAUACAAAGAUGCUGGAUUGGACAAUCAAGUUGAAGUUAUGUAUAAUAUCAGAGUAAAAGAAGUAGAAUCUUUGCAGUUAAAGCUCCAAGCUAAGGAGCAACAAUUGGCUGAUAUGAAAGCACAAAUGGUUCAGUCAUUAAUGCUCACUGAGGCUGAGAAUGAUAAAUUGAGGACUUCAUUGAAGAAUUCACAAGAGUUAUUAGUGGACAAAUGUAAUGAAAUCCAACAACUCAAUGAUCAAAUUCAGAGAAUACUUCUUGAUAAUGAAAGUUUUAAACAAAUUCUAAAGAAAUUUGAGUUGGAAAAAGCUGCUGUUGAUUAUAAUAAUCAAGAAUUGCGAGAACAAGUUGCCAUUUUGGAGAAAUGCCGCGGAACAAAUCCGAUAUCUGAUGCUGUUAUACAAGAAAACCAUCAUAUGGAAAUCUCAAAGUUACAACAUAAUCUAGAAACAGCUUUCUGUAAAAAUCAACGUCUUGAAAAAGAAAACCAAAGUCUCUGUGAACAAUUAAAUCAUGUUAUAUCGGAAAAGGAAGAUUUGAUAGCUAACAAAACGGAGGUGAUCAAUAAAUUGAUGCAAAACGUUGAUCAAGCGCAGGAUCACAAUCGGGAUUUACUAAGUAGUGUAACACGUUUGACUGCGGAAAACGAAAAAUUUAAGACGCAGGUCCAAGAGUUGGAGGCAAACGUGCAGAUGAUGAAGGGAUUCACGGACAAAACUGAGAUUAUUAAGAUAUUACAGAAGGAAUUGGACAAGAGUAAACAUUUGAAUACUAAGCAAACUGUGGAGUUUGAAAAGUUACAUAAUGAAUAUGCUGAUUUAUUAAAGGAAUACAAGGCGAAAAAUGUGCAUGUGCAAAUGUUAGAGGAAGCUAUUGCUUCAUUAGAAAGGAAACCAGGAAUGGAUAGUCAAGCAAUGCAAACAUCAAGGUUGAUGGAAAGUUUUUCGGUUUCUGAUAAACUUCGCGAUGAACUAGAAAAUUGUAAAGUAGAAUUGCAGCAAAAACAAUUAUUUUCACAAAGUUUACAAGAAAAAAUCAAACUUCUUGAAGAAGAUAUCUUCAAUCUCAAUAAAAAGCUAGAAUUGUCCCAACAACGAGACAGUUUAACACAAGCUUUACAAGCAAAGGCAACCCGAUUAGAAGAGAUCAUACUAAACAAUAAACGAGCUGAAUGUGAAACAAAAUCCACAAACACAGAUAACACACUUUUUACACCAACACCUUCAAAAACAUGUGAAGAUUUUAGCACAAUAUCUAAAACACAAUUCGAAACGGAACUCAUAAAUAAAGAAAUCGAGUUGCGAAAGCAACUCCAAGACGAAUUCGAUUCAAACUACGAAUCGUUAAAACAACAACUCACAGUUUGUGAAAAGUGCUCAAUACUGACCCAAGACUUGGAACAAAAACAGCGCCAAAUAGAAGAGAUACAAGGAAAACAAGCACAAUUAUUGGAAACUAUACAAACUCAAACAGUUCCGUGUGAAAUGUGUGAUGAAAUGAGUGUAAAUUUGAUCAAACAUGUCGAAAUCAUUCAACAACAAGAGAAUCAACUAGAUUUAUAUAAAAUGAACCAGGAGAAAGACAAAAAAGUUAUUAUACAAUUAUUGGAAGAUUGGAAAAUGCGUUUUGAAAAGGUUGAGGGAGAAAAUAAAGUGUUAAAACAACGUCUGGAAGAAGCAAUUAAGUCGCUCAGUCGUGCACAGACUGAACUAGUUUUAGUUACAAAAUCAGAAGAAGAUUUAAUUCAGAUGGUGGAAAAGAAAGUAGUAGCAUGGAGUCAACACACAGUGGAACUGAUAAAGGCGCACAAUGAAAAGAUUCGUGAAAGCAAGGAGAGAAUGGAUGUUAUCUCGUUGCGAACAAAUAAGCAGCUUCGAGAAAUCGAGAGGAAAUACAAUCUGGUGCAGUCGGCUAUUUCUUUCAAAAAAGUUUAGAAUAUGAAAAUAAUUUCCAAGUACUGUUUCAAAAAUGGUUCAGUGUAUUAAUGUUUGUAAACAAGGGUAAUUUUGUGUAAAGUUAUCCUAAUUAAUUAAACCAUAUGUUAAGAAUUAGUGAA